GUAACUUGGUUCGUCAUGAACAGGUCGUGACGCUCUUCCGAGUGAACACCGCCCCCGGCAGUAGAUGCUUCCAAAAUGGCGGCGGUUCCAGUCGGAGUAAAUUGAAACUUUCAUACAUUUCUUUCGUUUUCUCGAUCGUCCGUUGUAUGUUGGAUGAACAAAAACCCCGCUGAAACACUGGUGAACAAGAAUUGAAGACAAGGACUUUGGAAAAACUCAACUGGACCAGUCUUCCGGACUCCAGGUUUCGUGUUAAUAUUGGCAGCUCGUUUAAGGCUUUUUUUUACAGCCGUUGUCGGAGCCGGACCUCCACCUUUGAGGUGGGACAUUGGCCAGGUAGUUGAGGGAUACAGGCGGUGAUCAUCGGCUACAGAGGAGUUUCGGGUCAAUUCCACACAAAUUCGUCGGUACCGGACCAGGCCUUCAUACUCUACUUCUGCUGUUAAGUCCCGUUUCCUGUAUGACGUACAGCUAUUGUGUGAAUCACAUGGAGAAGCUCCAAGACCUGAGCCAGUCAGAGCUGGAAGAACUGUUGGACAACCCAGAGAGGGUGGAGUCAAUGGCCUUGGAGUCUGACGAGAUCCAGAGCAUUCAGCUGGAGAGGGAGAUGGCGUUGGCAUCCAAUCGAAGUCUGGCCGAACAAAACCUGGACAUUAGACCACGUCUGGAGACACAGAAGGAGCUGCUAGUGGCCAGAUACUCUAAACUGGAGACCUUCAGAGAAACCUACAGACAACACUGCUCCCAGAGAGAUGGUAUGGUGGGGAAGGUGUCACCAGAAGCUAUGCUGUCCAGACUGCAGACAGGGAGCAGUAGAACAGAAAUGGAGUCAGAGGCUCUGGCGGAUGAGUUUCUGGAGGGUUCACUGUCAUUAGACUCCUUCCUUGACCGCUUUCUCUCCCUGCGUUUGCUUGCUCACCAACGACGUGUUCGAAUAGAAAAACUCCAGGAAAUUCUUCGACAGAAGAACCAAGCAAAUUCCUUUGAGAUGAAACCAUCUUUAGACAUCAGUCAAAGUGGUACCACCACACCAUGGAAUCAGCAAUCAACCAUUACAACGACAGCCCAACAACAGGAGCCCAACUCUCCAGCACAGUCUCAUCCAGCUGGCUCUGAUGGCCUCCCCUACAGCCAGUACCCUGUCCCUCCAACACACCCCCCGCCUGUAGUCUCAGCAGCCGGUCCAAUCCCAAACAACUCUACCUCUGGGUUUGCUCCAUAUGCAGGAGCUGGCUCCCCUUUUACCCCCACAGGGAGUUAUCCAGGGCCUCGAGCUGCUUUUGGGCCUCCGAAUGCAGUCACUUGUCCUUAUCCAGCACAGUCAUCCUUCCCAGCCCCCCAUCCUGGCUCGGCGUUUGGCCAGUACACUCCCAACAACCCCCACAGUGCCCCAGCUACCUACCCAGGAUCAUACAUCUAUGGAGGCUACUGUUACCCAUCUGGGCCUCCCUAUUCCAGCUCUCAGUCUUCACCUGGGAAGCCUGUACACAGACCAGGAUACAGAGUCCCUCAGCCAUACUCCUGAAGGCACCACCACUGCUUUCCUCCUUUAUACUCUCUGCUUAACCUUGUUGCACUAUUCCUUCCUCUUACUUUCACUCCCCUCACCCCCCCACCAGAUAAAUCAACUUAACUGCCCCAAACUAGUCUCAGGUCGUCGCAUUGUGCUGAAAUGUUUCACACUUGUGUUGACUCUCCAUUGUUUGUGCUGUUGUGUUUCAAUCACAAAGUCAACAUGAACACAAAAAUGCACUCUACCUUCUGAUAAGUAAAGCCUGUAACCAAUUGAAUCAACUUUUCAAAACUCCUGAACACCUUCCUUGUUUUGUUUCUUCAUUUUCACCAUGGGAGGUGUUUGCACAACCCCUAGUGGACAGAGGAGUAAGCUGUGACUUAACAAGCGAGCUACACUUCAGUUUUGUUAACCAAAGAUACUUCAUUUGUUAACAGUCUGUUUCAAUGUUAAUGAAAUGUUGACAAGGUAAGCUAGCUGCAGCUUCUCCUCAAAUGCUAAAUUCCAUAAUCAUUUUUCAUGCAUACUGUAAAGAAAAGAAGUUCAGUGGAAAAGUAUUGAAGGAAACAGCAUAAACAUUUCAUUUGUCCUCCUUUUAGUGGAGCAGAUGCUUAUCAGUGGGGCCACUGUACUUGCAUACUACAAACAUGUGUUAGUACCACCUUGGAGGAAUUGUGAAUGGGGCUCAUGAGGUAAACUUUUUAAUAUGGUGUCCAGUAAUGGAAAAAGUCAAAAACUACAUUUGGUGUGAGACUGAGACUGUCAUCUGAAUAAAGUUCUGCCUGAUAUUGA